AUGUCUAGGAAGAGAAGUCUGGGGCCAUCGCGAUGCGCUGCUCCUGAGAGACCACCUGUGGAUGUUUCAGCUGCUACAAGAUCUCAAUCGGCAGGUCUGCAAUCAAAUGACGACGAUGAGACGGAUCAAGCCGCCCAGGUGAAACCUCACAAGCGCAGAAGAGUUACUCGGGCAUGUGAUGACUGCCGACGCAAGAAGAUCAAAUGCGACGGCAAACAGCCAUGUUCAAGCUGCGCUGAAUUCAACGCAGGUAAAUGCAAGUCAAUAUCCGACAGGAGGCCUCCUAGUAACCACUCCCGUACUUUAGGAUGUACAUACCAGAUCCCACCCAAGCGCAGCAAGACAUGUUUGCGCCGCCCGCAGCCGGAUGCCGAUGAUAUAGAGGCCAGGCUGGAGCUUGCCGAGUCACUCAUCCGCAAGUUCCUGCCGCAGAUUGACUUGCAAACCCUGGGCUCUGCAGCUGGCCAGGUCUUGGAAGGCCGUGAUACGCGUGAUGAUGUCUCCAGAUCUGCUCAGGCUUCGACUGUCGAGCCGCCCGCUGAGAGUGACAAAUACAUACCUGUUAUCCAGAAUGAAGAUCAGUUGCGUUUCACCGAUAAUGGCGAGCUCGACUUCCAUGGCACUUCGUCCAGCGCGACCUUCUUAAGCCGUAUCACUCAGAAUCUCCCGGAGCUCCUGCGAUACGAUUCCAGGAUCCCGUUUCUUCCGCAGUUUCCACGGCCUGAUGGCCCUCUAGCCGGCGCAUCGUCGUCUUCUUCUGGCUAUUCUAAAUACGAUUACUCCAAAUUACCUCCUCGUCACCUGGCACGCAUGCUAUGCGACUACUCUUUCAACCAUGCUUCAUGCCUCCUAAGGAUAGUCCAUGUUCCCUCUUUUUGCAAGAGCUUCGACGCGUUGUAUGACUCAGAAAAAACGCAGUAUGCGCCAGAACAAGGAAGAUUUCUUGGACUGCUUUACUCGAUAUUGGCCUUGGGAUCUAUGUACGAUGUGGAUGAGAAUGAUCCAUCCAACCCAGAUCACUAUAACGAAGCCACCACCCGGGGGUACAAGUACUACUUGGGUGCCAGGUUCUUUCUCCCGGACCUCACUGAGUGCCCAGAUAUGACAAGCCUGCAGGCCCUUCUCUUCAUCAUUCAGUUCUUGCAAGCUAUCGGAAACCUGAACUGCUGUUAUAAUCUAAUCGGAGUUGCUCUACGAACAGCCUUGAGAAUGGGAUUGCACCGCAAUCUUCCUAAUCUAUGCACCACUCCCAUCGAGAGCGAGACGAGGAAACGAGUGUUCCACACCAUCCGUCAGUUGGACAUCUACCUCUCUGCUACCUUGGGCCUACCGAUUCUUUUGCAGGCCAGAGAUAUAGACCAGCCUCUGCCCACUGCCAUUGAUGACGAGGAUACUAUACAGGAUACAGCCCACUCCGCACCACUCAAGAAACCCUCCAUCAUCCAGGCAUUCAACGCUCACGGAAGGCUCAUGGAAAUUCUGGCCAUAGUUGUCGAACGCGUGUAUCCGCCCACGGCUACGAGCAGGACAGCAACCAACGCCACAUACUUGAUUGACUGUGGCCAGAUAAGAGAAGUGGAACAGAAGCUCCAUGACUGGUACCAUGACCUUCCCGUCAUCUGGAGACCUGGGCAUGAUAACGACGUCCAGCUAAUAAGGGUCCAAAUCUUGCUUCGUUUUGCGUUUGCCCACGUUCAAAUGAUGCUCUACCGGCCAUUUCUGCAGUUCUUCAACCAGCAAAAACACAAUGGGAACCCCCCUGACCAGCGUCAUCAGGUGUUUGCAGCCACCGGCAUCACCGUUUGCCGCAACAUUAUCAGCAUCGGACACGAAAUCAGGAAGCAGGCUGCUCUCUUGGGACCCUAUUGGUUUAUCCUCUACACCCAGUUUCUAGCGGUUUUAUGCCUGGUUUCUUAUGUGUCCAAUAAUCCCAGGAAGCCGGAGUCGUCUGAAAUUCUCGCCGAUGCUGUCGCGGGUAGGGAGUUGAUCUCCGGCCUAUCACUGCGAAGUCUCGCAGCUGACCGGCUUUCUGUUGCUCUUAAUGCGGUUUUUGAACAACUGCCCAGUCGGUUGGGUUCCACGCCCCCCACGACCAAGAGCAUCACACGGCGAUCGCCACGUGGCUCCGUGGAAGGCUUCAGCCCCGGCCCUUCGUUAUCGAAUCUUAGCAACGAUUGGCACCUCUCUAGUGCCUCGGCUCCUAGACUGGCUGCGAUACAGGAAGGCAUUGUAACCAACCUCAGCGAGACGCCGACACAAGCCUCUUCUAAUGAGGCGACUCCGCCGAGCCUGAUACCUGCAGAUCGACUCUUGUUUUCCUUUGAUGACCCCGUUGCCUAUCCUUCAACAACAGUCUGGUCAGAAGCACUCGAUCCAACUCCCGGUCUAAGUGACGAGACAAUGCACCUCGUCAUUCCAGACUUCUUCGGAGAUUUGACCGGGCAUGAUGCUGAGCCAUCCGUGGCGGCUCAAUCAGGAGACAACCGCGCAGCCUCUCACCCGGCAUCUGCGCUGUUGUCGAUGGGCAGUGGAGGGUUGCUGAGUGAUUACAUGGCAAGUCUUUUCUGA